GUCAUAGUGAAUUAUUAAUAGCACUUCAAUUACUUACUCCAUGUUCUACUGUUAGAAGUUUGGUAAUGAAUAAUAAUUUUGAAACUGCUGAAUUGUGUCAAUUUUUAAUAAUGUAUAUAUUAGAGAGCAAAAUAAAUACUAGUACUAAGGAUUUCUCUAUCGAUUAUUACAAUAAUUGUUAUAAAUCAACUUUUGUUCCUAUUAGCAAACUUGGUCUAUCAACAACUGUUCAUCCACUUAUAAAUCAAUUUGGACGUAUUCAGAUUAGAUCUGAAAUAUUCGGAUCAAGAAUGACACCAAAAUAUCAGAAAA